AUGAUUAUCAGGAGUUCGGGCCUGUUUGGGCUCGACCACCACACGAUGGUAUAUUUAAUAAUAGCGAUAGCACUAAUUCUGGUACCAGCGUCUAACAGCGCCCCGAUGUAUGAAAGUGAUCAGACAGAACUGGAAAACUACGGCGAAUCGACUGGAUGCUACUACAACUACAAUCACUACGGCGAGGGCGAUCGCAUCAUGACGAACGAACCGUGUUUGAACUGCACGUGUCACGAUCGCAUGCUGAUGUGCUAUCUGCGCGUCUGCCCGUUCACGAAGGCGAUCGGGCAGGACUGCACGAUUGAGAAGCGGGAAGACCAGUGCUGUCCGGUCAUCACCUGUCCGGAGGUGGAGGUACAACUGCUCGACCAUCAGACGACGGCCAAUCCAUCGAACGCCCUCGGUGCGACCUCAUCGAGCGAGGUCGGUGCGCCCGACCAGUACGGUUGCUCGAUCCAUGGACGCUUCUACCCGGAAGGAGCUCAAGUGCCAUCAAAUCCACAAAAACCUUGUGAGCUGUGCUACUGCAUUCGCAACAUGACGACCUGUGUGAUGCAGGAGUGUACACUGCACAUCGACGGUUGCCAACCGAUUUACAACAAGGGUGUCUGCUGUCCAGUGAAAUACGAUUGUGAUCACGAUAAGGAUUCGACCCCGAUGCUGGAAGACGAAAGCACCACUACGGUGCGCCCAACACCAGGUUUCAUCCUCACCACCACGGUAUCGCCCUCGGUGUCCACCGAUUGCGUGCACAACGGCGAAACGUACGCGGACGGCGCACUGAUCAUGACGGACAAGCCGUGUGAGCACUGUUACUGCAUGCGGGGAGACAUCGUGUGCGCGGUGCAGGAGUGCGGAACUCCGCUGGAGAAUGAGGGCAAGAACUGUACCGCGCUGCCACCGGCCGUGGGCCAGUGCUGUCCGGACAAGUACAUCUGCGAUGGUAGUGCGGCGGCCGCCAUGAUGACGACCACCGUACCAACCACUGCCGCGCUUGCCGAUGACGAUGCACAGGAGGAGCAGGAGGAAGAUCAGCAGCAAUACGACGAUAAGCAGUCGACGAAGGCGGAGCAGGAAUCGGUACCAACGCAGACCACCCAGGCUAGCGUGGAAAGCACCACAACCGUGGCAACCAACGAGCAGAAGGUGCAGGAUGUAGUGCCGGCAGAGAAGGAGGUGGAGGACGAUGACGACGACGACCAACAGGUGCAGGAGCAUGUCGCACCGCAAUUCGAGGACCCGCAGACAGACGACAGUCAUGAGGAGGAGGACAGCGAUGAGCAGGUGCCGUUCAAGGUCGACGAUGAGCAGCGGCAAACGACGCCCCAACCCUCCGUGAGCGGGAAGCCAGCCAUCGAAAGUGAUCACAUCCCCGGACACGAAGCAUCGCACGAGAAGGAAGAAAGUCAAUCACAGGAAACAACAACCGUGGUGAACUUUGAUGAUGCUGCUGCUGCUGCCGCAGUGACAACAGUACGACCGGACGCACCAUCGAAUGCGGAUGCGGCAGUACAAGACGAAACGUCCACGGUGACGCACGAUGAUGCCGAGGUGCCAAGCGACACUGCCGGAACGACCGUUGCCCCCACACGGGAUGCACCGGAACCAGACGCUGAUCAAGCACCAUCUGAGCAGGAUGCCGAUGAAGAGGCCACGAGCACGACAAAACCUUCCGCUGACGAGAUUCCAUCAUCCAACGAACCGACGACAACGCGGAACGACGAAGACAUGUCGGAAGCGGCGGUAACGACAGCGCUUCCACCACUGUUCAUACCACUGGCGAACGCGGACGAAAAGGAGAAUGAAAUACACGAACAUCAUGACGACGCAACCGAGACAAGUGCGGUACAACCAGACCGCGAUGAUGCUGCGACGUCGGAUGAAGAUGACGAACCGCAGACGCCCGUUGAACAGGAUAAGCCGGAAGCAGGUGAAGAAUCGCGCACAACGACAGCGCUGCCGGAGCAGGAUGAAAUAGCAGGUGCGCCAGACGCAGACACGAACGAGUCUGCCCUACCAGAGCAGGACAAACCGGAGGUGAGCACCGAAAAGAAGGAGGCCGCCCAAAAGGCCGACGAUCAACCGCAGGUGCAUGAGCAAGACUUCGUGGAGCUACCACCGGCAGUCGUUGUGACCGAGCUACCGCCAAUUCCGACCGCGUCGGAUGAAACGUCUCCGACGGAACAGACACCGGAACCACCUAAGGAUGAGAUCCUGCCGAACAUGCCCUUGGAGGCGGAUUCGCACGUACUGUCCGACUCGAUGACGACCGAGCAUGCGCCUACCUUCGGUGAUCGUAAAGAGGACGAUGAACCGGAGCAGACCCAUGUACAGCCGGGCGCAGAUAUGGAAGAGCCUGUGGAAAUGAACACAAUCAUACCGCUCCAGACGGACGAACAGAAGGUGGACGUGCCGGCGGACGAAGACAAUGAGCUGGAGCAUGAUAAGGAACAGGAAGUGGAGCACGACCAACACGCCGGGGAAGAUGAGCAGAGUGGCGAAGAGCAGGACCAUGUCGCACCGGGUCAAGACGAGGUGCACACACACGCCACGCCGGUAGAUGAAAAGCAGGAAGAUGACCAGCAUGUGGCCAGCCCCGACAAGCUGUUCCCGGAGUCGAUUCCAGGCGAGGGCGAUUGUCUGAUAGACGGCGUCACGUACGAGAACGGUGCUAGCGUACCACCGAGCGGCAAAUGUCAGGUGGCAUGCCACUGCUCGAACAGUAUCGUGCACUGCGAGAUGGUACGUUGCAAGGCGGCACCGAGCGAUGCCUGCACGCCAAAAUCGACCCUGUCCGGCGAGUGUUGUCCGACCUACGUAUGCCCGCAGGAAGCGACCUCCACGGCCAGCUCUGUAUCGGUAGAAUCGACCGAAGCUUCGACGGAAAGCGACGCGGACAGCGACGAAGAGCAAGUGUCGGCUGACGUAAGCGCUGACUCGUCCGAAUCAUCGACAAAAGCACCUGCGUCCGAUUCGCAGUCCACGUCCACCAACGAGGAGGACGAUGAGUCCAGUCAGCCAUCGGAAGCGGAAAGUGAUAGCGCCGGGUUCGAUGUGGAUGAUGAGUCGUUUAACCCGUUGCGACCGCAGAAACCUGCACAAGAGAUGCAGUUUGACUUUUUCGCCGGCAAUCGUCCAACGACGGCAAACUACGAGGACGUAAUCAUCCUCAGCACGGUCGCACCAACAAACGUACCCGCAGUAGUCACCGACGCGGCCGAGAGCGUUACGAAACACUCGACCGAGCCGGCAACUCAAAAGCUGCCAACCGCUGCAACGCCAGCAGCUGACAGCGCGGACAGCUCCGAAGAGAAGGAAGAGUCCACCACGUUCGGUACUGUUGCGGAACGCGGGCCCGAAGCCGAGCAGGAUGAGACAGAAGCAAUACGCGAGCAGGAUGAAGAAUCGCAACCAACAACGGGUAAACCAUUCGCAGUGGAACGUGAAACCACAGCUGUGCCGCUCAACGAAAGAGACGAAAGCAGCACUGCGGUAUCGCAGGUUGAGGUUACUACUACCGGUGCGGCAACAGACAAUGAGCAACGUGUGACUUCUCCUGCCGCUGACGAAGAGGAAGAGGACAAGGAGCUGGUACAAGAUGUAAUUCACGACACUGACGCCGAAGAUGAAGAUGAUGAAGCUGAGGAUACAAAGCGGGAACACGAUUCGACAACGUCUAGCCCAACGCUAGCAGAGGAGGUCGACCGGGAUGAUGAGCGUGAACGGCCAGUACAAACGACCGUUCGGUCUGUAGAGCCAACGGUAGAAGCCACAACGGAACACGAACCAGCCGGACAGCAUAUCAACGAUGUAGAGAGUGAUGAUGUUUCCAGCCCCGUUGAAGACGAUGACAGCCCACCAGCAGCUGCGGACGACGAAGACAGUCCGGCUGCAGACACAACGACAACGCGAGCCGUGGAAUCGGAUGCGGAACAGGUGACACCAACCGAAACACAACAUAAAGCGGACGAUUCGACGAGUGCUCCAACCAUCGGCACGGAACAAGACGAAGAACGCGUACAGGCAGCAUCAACAACGCCAACAGCGCUGCUCGAUAAUGAGCUCGAGGACGAAGAGCCUGCCGCAGGCGAAAAGCAAAAGGAAGACACUGAGCUGCCCCACGAUGAUGAAGUACUGAAGCCAGUUGCGCCAAUCACCUCCAAGCCGGUGAUAGAGUCCGAACAAACGACACAAUACGUGCAGGAACCGGAGGCAGGACAGAAGCUGACCACUGUUUUAGACGAAGAACCAGCAGUGACCACCACCCGGGCUGUUGUUGGCGAGAAGGAAUCGGAUGUCCCCGGUGCGGUAACUGUUCGGAACGAAGUGGAUGCAGAGGAUGAGGAUGAUCGCCACACGACGGUGGUGUCUGUUACGCAAAAGGCGACAACCGUACCAACUGCCACAGAUGGUUCACUUAUCUUCCGCGUGGACGACGAUGAAGAGCAACCGAUCGUAAAACCGACGCUAGAUGAAAAGAUUCCGACAGCGGACACGGUUAAACCCCAGGAUGCAGUGAAACCUCAGCCAGUGGAUAAGGAAGAAUCAGACGAUGACAAUCUGAUCAGCCCGGUACAGGAUGGUGGAUUCCAUUUCCCGCAAGAGGACGACGACGAGUCGGAAGAGCCCAUCUACAAGCCGUCUGUGGACGACUCGGAACAGCACGUGGCUGUGCCAUUGCCGGUGGAAGUUCCCCAGGAAACGGAACCUCUCGAGCCGGUCGAUCAAAUUAAGGAACAGGACGAUAUUGAAGCGGGUACCACCGUACGUGGUGAGCAUGUAACAAUGACCCCGACCACCGUUGUACCACUGAAGCCAGAGCAAGAUCGCGAACAGGUAGCGCACAGUGACGCACAGGAGAGUAACGAAAUCGAGACGGAUGUGCAACAGGUCGCUACACCGGUUAAAAAGCCAGAACAGCCACCUAUGUACGAUGAAAUUGAAGAAAAUGAACAGCAAACGGUCGCACCGACCAAACACACACCGGAACUGACAACUGAAGCACAUAAACAGUACACCGAGCCUCAGGCUGUCACAGACAAGUAUGAUGCACCAACGGAGACGCACGAAAAGGCUGGUGAUGAGGAAGAACAGGCAACCACGACAGCACGUCCAAGUGACGCAUUUGACGCAAAACCAGCAGUCGUGCAGGACCAGGAUGAUGUGGAAGAUGAGCAUGCAGCUGAUGCACUACCAGAUGCGGAAAGCGUACAGCCAACGACGGUCCGUGCGACGACGGCGGACAGUGCACAGGAUGAGGAGCAGAGCGUUACCACUGUGUCAUCCACUGUUGGCCACGAUGAGCAAGUGCAGGACAGGCAGACUACUGCAUCAAUUCCGCUGCAGGAGGAUGUACAAUCGGAAGAGGACGAGGACAGUGCACAGCCCCAUCUGAACGACAUUGAAGAGGAUGUGCCAGCAGUCACCACACCACGAGUGUCUGUGAAGCCCGUCGGCCAGGAUGAAAGCGUUACGGAGAAAGACCAGGUGUCGCAGUCUGAUGAUCAAGAAGAAUCGCAAGAUGAGGAAACCACAACGAAAGGUGCGGUUGCCUACGAUGAAGUGCAACCCACAACGGUGGCAGAUUCGGACGUUAAGCAGACGGUGUCUUCAGUAGUGAAGGAACAGUCUACCACACUUGCACCGGUGCAGGAUAGUGAGGCGGAGGAUGAACAUACGCACAAGCCAGACUUCAGCGCUGUCGACAGUGACGAUGCGCACAGCAGUAGCGAAGACGAUGGUGAGGAGCAAGACGAUACGGAGCAGCAAAAGGAAACCGCUACUAAAGUACCGGUGGCUCAGGCAGCAGAUGACACGUCGGAAGAACUGAUCUCACCAACGGAACGGAUCUCUGCCGCAGAUACUAACGAUGAUGAUGACAGCAGUGCCGUUACCGAAGCCGCUCAGAAAGAUUCGGAAGAAGACCAAAAGCUUGACGACGACAAUCAGGAUGCAGCGUCCCACACGACCUUGGGCCCGCACGUGAAUCAAGAUGAGAAACAGCAACCGGAGUCGGACGUUACCACCAAGCCGGAGCAUGGCGCCCCAGUCGAAGAUGACGUAGAUUUCGAGCCAGAACAGCAGACGAUUGCCAGCCCGACCACACUGCAAGCUGCGGAGGAGAAGGACCAACAGGCGACUACCGCGUUGCCGCUGGACGACGGUAAACUUCCCGAAGCUUUGAGUACGGAAGGUGAAAAGAUGGGCGUACCCACCGAGCAAGCGGUCCAAGUCACUACGGUUCGUGCCACAGAGUUCGACUUUAAUGCUGGCGACCCGCACCAGGAACAGCCGCUUUCGGAGCCAGAGCUUGAUGACGAUCGGGAGGAGAUGGCACACUCGACGACGUUCGCCACGCCCGAACAAUCGAGUGUAGCGCAUGAUAAGCAACCUGCAGUGACAGAAUCGGAUGAGAGCGUGCCGACGGAUGAAACAACGCACGAUGAGUUGGGCAAACCGGACGCAGACUCGCAUGACAAGGACGUUGCAGCGGGUGUUCCAGUGACCACCAGUGCGUCCGUCAACGACGACGAUGAUGAAGGGGAUGAUGAUGGCCAGUUAACGACCGUAAGACCGAAGCCGAUCCGUGAUGAGGAAAGUGUGACGUCAACUACGGUUGCAUCUGUACCGCAGUUACCAGAGCUGGAUGAAGCUGGUGAUGGAACCCGUCCGAUCGAUGCACAUGUACCCGAAAGCGAUGAGAAAGUACCAGCGCCUGUGGCGACCACGGACAAGCCGACUGCCCAUGAACCGGCGGAGGCUGCAACUACCUCAGAGGAAGAACAGGACGACGUGGAACUGCCACAAACGGACGAUCUGCACGCGGAUGACGAUUCAUCGGAGGAGGAAGACACACCGGUCGCGCUCACUACGACAUCGACCCCGGUGAAAGCGACCACGUUGGCGGAUGUGACCAGUGCACCGACGAAGGAUGUCACCACGGAGACGGUUACUUCCAAGGUAGUCGUACACACUACGCUGCCGCCAGUGUCGGACUCGCAGGUGACCGAACAGCAAACCACUGUGCGACAAGAAGACGAACCGGUAUCAACGGAAGCCCCUGCAUCGCACAGCAGUACCACCGCCGGCAUCACACAGCCAGCGGAGGAAGCUAGUCAAACAACUGGCACCACUGCGCUGGAUAAGGAGGAGGACGCUGGACAACAGAAGCAGACUGCUGCACCGGACGUUUCGCACGAUGAAGUCUCGGACACAACGGUGGCCCCGGCCGUAACCACCGCUCUGCCGACGGAUUCCAAAACAGCGGAGCCGGUACGUGAGGUAUCGACCACCACCCCCGCUCAGGAAGAUCUGUCACAAUCGACGGUUGCCCCAGUGCCCGCCCAGGACGAUAAGCUCGACGACAGGCUGGACGAGAAGCCGUCCGCACCGGUGCAGGACGAAGAGCUCGCGCAGAAACCGCAGCCGGUAGGCGAUGACAGUGACGAACAGCAGGCGGCCGUAAAGCCGACCUUCACCGACGACGAAGAGGACGACCAGCAGAAGGUACAGGAACCGGCGGAGCUGCCGGGACUGCACGAUGAUGGCAGCGCACCGGCGAAACCCACGCAGCAGCCGGAAACUGUCGGACCGUCGUACGGUGCGCCCGGUCAGCAUUACGACACCGGUUACGGGCACAUGCCGCCGCACUAUCCACCGUCCUCGUACGAGGAUGACUACGGCGAGGAGGAAGAUCCGGCCGCGUUCGGGCCCGGUACCUGCCGCUACGGUGGCAAACUGUACGUGUCCGCCCAACAGAUACCACGCGACGAUCCGUGCGAUUUCUGCUUCUGCUUCCGCAGUGAUAUUAUCUGCCUGCAACAGUCUUGCCCACCGCCAAUCAGCGGCUGCAACGAGGAACCGAUCGCCGGGUUCUGCUGUCCGCGGUACGAGUGCCCGGUGUCGAUGGCAACCGUACUGAACGUGACGACCAGCACGACCACCACCACGACCACGCUGCCGCCACACUUCCUGUCGCACGCGUACAAGGGCCAUGUGCAGAAGCGCGGCUGCCAGAUCCAGGGCAAGCCGUACAACGUCGGUGAAACGGUUGCGUCCGCGUCCGGUCCUUGCAUGAGAUGCACGUGUGGCGGUGACGGCCAGAUGCAGUGUGAACCGAAGGCAUGCAGCCCAGAGCCGAUGCUGCAACAGAUGAUUGCUGUGGCAGCGGCCAGAAGAAGAUGAGCGGAUACGUCGGUGCACUGGGAUCGGGUUAGCGCUGAAACGGUACGCCCGUCGCUACACGUCCGUCGCCGGCAAGCGAAUGUGUAGGGCAACACGACGAACAAGCAGAGGUUUUGGCGACGACGUCGACAACGGCGAACCGGGACGAACGAUAUUAGAACCUAAGUAAGCUUAAGCACGGACUGAAAGGGAUGACUAACGGACGACAAUUGUACGCUAGCAGCGCAAGCAGGACGCGAAGAUGUUGAUAGUUUAGCACGGCUAAAAGGAAGAAAACGAUCACACAACCACACACUCAAACGCUCAUACCACACACUAGAACGACACAAACCGAUACCGGUAUUAGCGCCAUACACAUUUUAGGCGAUCAGUAUGUACGUCCAUCGCUUCCGUUUUCCGAUGUGGGUGUUAAUGUUUCAGUUUUUGAAUGCUUUUUUUUUAAUAGUUUUUUUUCUCCUUUUGAAAAAAAAAACCGCUUACGUUGCAAUAAUGUUUAAUGUCAAAUAAUGCUGCCAGCGAGCGAUAUUUAUCUCGACAGGGUCGCAGAGGCAGUAGGCACAGCAAGUUUAAAACAAUGUCGUGCUAAAGCGACUGCACGCAUCAUCGAUUAUAAACGGAUCGAUGAUCGUGAAUGGUUUGUUGGUGGACACGCUUGUCCAGAAGUAAACGUUCUCACCAAGGAGCAGGGUCCGUAUGCACGAGGUACUGUCCUAGACGAACGCAUCCAUUAGCUAAACGUGUAACCGUCGUCCUUGCCAACAUGUACGAUGGCUUUGCAGGCGAUUAACACACAAGAGUCUCCCAUAAGAGCUCGAAUGUUACCAGAAGUGCAAACGUCGGACCAUCAGACCCAGGCAUCUCCACCACCGAGACAUUGCGCGGCGGCAGUACAAUUGCACUGCCCUUCCCUAGUUUUGCAUCAUCAAGUUGUCGAAGCUCCCUGAUAAUCGUGGUCAGGGUCAGAUCGCCCGAUGGUUGACCAGAUCGGUACCGGUGCCGACAACCCGAUGGUAUAUGCACUCCCUCGGCUGUCGGCCUACUUUUCGGACUCACCACUAACUGUUACCGGGUAGUGGUCAGUAGGGAUGUAUUGCUUUCGGUGGCAAACUCCCAUUUCGAAAAGGC